AUGGCGGCGGGGGAGCCGGGCCUAGGCCUGGGCCCGGGCCUGGCCGCGGCGGCGUCGCCUCAGCCUUCGCCUCAGCCGCGGGGGCCCGUGGUGAGCCCCCCGCCCGGCCUGGAGCGCUCCCUUCGCCGCUCAGGCCAAGGUCUGCACGUGGAUAUACCGGAUGACCAAGCUGACAAACUGCUGUUAGCAAGCUGGGGGCUUCCCAAAGCAGUUCUGGACAAAUAUCAUAGUUUGGGAGUCGUGCGGAUGUUCCAGUGGCAAGCAGAGUGUCUGAUGGUUGGGCAAGCCCUGGAGGGAAAAAACUUAGUUUACUCAGCUCCUACAAGUGCUGGGAAAACACUCAUUGCUGAACUACUCAUCCUGAAGAGAGUGCUAGAAACUCGCAAAAAGGCAUUGUUCAUCCUGCCCUUUAUUUCUGUGGCCAAAGAAAAGAAAUUAUACCUGCAGGCUCUCUUCCAAGAAGCUGGUGUACGCGUGGAAGGCUACAUUGGCAACAUUUCCCCGGCUGUCGGUUUCUCUGCCUUGGAUGUUGCUAUCUGCACUAUUGAGAGAGCCAAUAGUUUGGUCAACAGGCUAAUCGAAGACAACAUGAUGGACUCACUGGGAAUAGUGGUAGUGGAUGAGUUGCACAUGUUGGGAGAUUCUCAGAGAGGGUAUCUAUUGGAACUCCUGUUGACAAAAGUUCGUUUUUUGACGGAGCAAAAGGAAAACAAGCAAGCAAACAAACAGCUUUCAGAUAGGAUACAAAUUGUGGGCAUGAGUGCCACUCUUCCUAAUCUGGAUCUCCUGGCAUCCUGGCUAAAUGCCGAUCUAUACCAGACAGACUUCCGUCCAGUGCCGCUUUUGGAACAAUUGAAAAUUGGCAACAAAGUUUAUGACUCUUCAGUGAAAACAGUGAGAGAAAUCCAACCUCUCCCACAUGUGAAGGGAGAUGAGGACCAUGUGGUGAGCCUGUGUUACGAGACGGUUCAGGAUGGCCAUUCUGCCCUUGUUUUCUGUCCAUCAAAGAAUUGGUGUGAGAAGCUGGCCGACAUCAUCGCCAGGGAAUUCUGCAACAUUCAGCGUGAAUGCCUCUGGAAAACCUCCAGUUUGUCACCAGUUGCCCUGGAUACUCAGAGGAUAGAGAAGCUGAUGGGUCAGCUGAAGCGUUCUCCUUCUGGUCUGGACUCUGUGCUGCAGCGGACUAUAAAAUGGGGAGUUGCUUUCCAUCAUGCAGGUCUUACUUUUGAUGAACGAGACAUCAUCGAAGUAGCGUUUCGUCAAGGAGUGUUGCGAGUCUUGGCAGCAACAUCUACACUUUCUUCCGGGGUGAAUCUGCCUGCACGCCGGGUAAUUAUCCGAACUCCUGUGUUCGGGAGCAGAUCACUGGAUAUCUUAACGUACAAGCAGAUGGCUGGGAGGGCUGGAAGGAAAGGCAUCGACAUUGUAGGUGAGAGCAUUCUGAUGUGCAAGCCUUCAGAGAAAACGGCCGGGAUUGCUCUGCUUCAGGGCUGUCUCAAGCCAGUACGUAGCUGUUUGCUCAGGCAGGAGGGAGAAGAGGUUACGUCUAGCAUGAUACGGGCAAUCCUUGAGAUCGUAGUCGGUGGAGUGGCUAGUUCUCCAGACGAUAUCCAGGCAUAUGCUUCCUGUACACUCCUUGGUGCUAGUUUGAAAGACAUCCAGAAGGACAGCGGGAGAGAUCAGGAGAAAAUUUGUCACGGGGCCAUUGAUGCUUGUGUGAAAUGGCUGCUAGAGAAUGAAUUCAUCCAAGUUUUAAUCUCUGACACGGACAAAGAAACGUAUUGUCCGACGCAUCUUGGGUCUGCCACUUUGUUUUCCUCCUUUUCCCCAAUUGCCGCCCUAGAAAUCUUUGCUGAUCUCCAGAAAGCAAUGAAGAGCUUCGUCUUGGAGAAUGAUCUGCAUAGUCUUUAUCUAGUGACUCCGGUUUAUGAAGACUGGGCCAAAAUUGACUGGUACCAAUUUUUCUGCCUGUGGGAGAAGUUGCCACCCUCAAUGAGAAGAGUGGCAGAGCUGGUGGGAAUUGAAGAGAGCUUUCUGGCUCGCUCCGUGAAAGGCAAAAUCAUGACUAGGACAGAGAAGCAGCAUCGGCAAAUGGCUGUCCAUAAAAGAUUUUUCACAAGCCUUGCCCUUUUGGAUUUAAUAAAUGAGGUUCCUUUGAAGGCUGUUGCUAAGAAAUACAAUUGCAAUCGUGGGCAGCUUCAAUCUUUACAGCAGUCUGCUGCUACCUAUGCAGGGAUGAUAACAGUUUUCUGUAACCGGCUGGGUUGGCACAAUAUGGAGCAGCUACUCUCUGAGUUUCAGAGCCGCCUCACAUUUGGGGUCCAGAGAGAGCUCUGUGACCUCGUCCGGAUCUCUCACCUCAAUGCCCAGUGUGCCAGGGCACUUUAUCAGGCCGGAUUCGUCACUGUAGCUGACCUGGCAAAAGGGAAUAUUGCUGAGGUGGAAAAUGCUUUCAGGAAUGCAGCACCAUUCCGGAGUACCCGUAAGGCGGUGGAUGAAGACGAGCAAGCCGCGGAGGAGCGCCUGAAUGCCCCAUGCAUCUGGAUGACCGGAUGGAAGGGUCUAACUGAGAGUGAAGCAGCCCAUCUUGUGGUGGAGGAGGCACAGGCUCUGCUAAAGCAGGACUUGGCAGCUCUGGGGGUGCAGUGGAGCCCUGAUUCGUCCCUUUUACCAGACACAUCUUUCACAGCCUCCAUAAUAAGCAGCAGGCUGGAGGAGGAGACGUGGAGAGCAAAUGGCAAGCAAGUCUUCCCAAACAACUGCAGUAUAAAUUUACCUGGCCAAAGCGCCAAUUCUCAGUGUGGGAGUUCAUCAGGUAUCAAGCCAGGGAACAAAAGGCUGCUGCAUGUUAGCUCAGCAAGUCUCAUAGACGAGGCUACAACAGAGGCCAGAAACACCGAAACAUUCUCUAGCGCAAAGAAACAGCCGAAUCUGGACAAAAACAGAGAAAACAUGAGAGAGAUUUCUGUGAUGCAAAAGCUGGACUUGGGGGAAGCCAUGAAAAGCACUGAACAGAGGAAAAAGCCAACCUUGAAAGCUCACAGUGCAAUGAAAUAUAAGAAAAAGCUUGGAAUUUCUUUAAAGCCAAGUAGUAAUAAAAGUUCAAUUGCUAAACCAAGUGGACCUCAGAUUCAGGAGUCAGACACUUGUAGCAGUUUCAUUAAGUCCUUUCUGUCCUCACAAAAGCAUCCACAAAGUGUAGAUAAUCUGAGAGGAGUUGACAAAGUAACCGCACAGGCAAAUGAAAGCCAGCAAGGUAGCAGAGAGAGAGUGCAACUGUUGUUUAUUAAACCUAUAAAUAGCAGUGACUCUAAACAUGACAUCAAUUGUCACACUAGCAUACCUGUUACAAACUCUGUGGCGGGAGAUGCUACUGCUGUUAAAGGCAGAAUGAAUGAUACAGAAGAACUAAUAUCUAAUAAGGCACGGAAAUGGGAGGGUAAUUGGAACAAAGUUCAGUGUGGUAAGAACUGUGAUAAGCAAUUAAGUACUGGAAAUAAAAUCGACCACAUCAGAGAUGUUCGUAUUGAAGUAGCAGGUGGUGCUGCUGACACAUGUGGAAGUGAACAGAAAGCCAUUGAUUGUCAAGUGGAAGACAAAUACAGCCUUGAAAAAUCCAGUGAGACAUUGGUACAAGCUGCAAAUGUGGGCACAGUGGAUAUACACUCCAAUGUUACUGUUAAAAACUGUUGCUCCCCCGACCUGUACUUGGGCUUUAAAGAAUUUGAGGACAGCUUCCAGUUGGAUACUCAAACAGAGAAGAUACUGCAACAACAAAUGACCACUGAAGUUGCUGAUAAUCAAGAAGUAAAAGAGAGAGCAAACCCAGAACAGAAAAGCUUCAUUUUUCCAAAGCAUGUUAGUGUUGCCAAAACGGAUGCUGCGUGCGCCGUGGAAAAUCUAAUCCGCAAGAUAGUGGGAGCAUCCCAUGCAGAGCCAAACAAAGUAGCAGAAAACACUGACGUAUUGGGUACUACAGUGGUCAGCUCUGGGAGCUCCCAUGUAAAGCCUGCUCAGAGAUAUCCAGAAAUGCCGGUUUGCGUAGAAGGAAAUAGUUUUUCUGUCACUGACUCCCAGUUCCACAGCUUCUUACAAGGUUAUCAGACUCCCAAUUUAGAAGGAGAGCAGGUGUCUCCUGAUCUUCCCAAGGAAGCUUCCCUAUCCCUCCACCAGAACCCUCCCACCAUGGCCGCUAACACCAAGUGCCGUCCCUUGCCUAAGAUGAAUCUGGAUAGCAGCGAUAGUUUGCUAUUUGAUGAAAGUUUUGGUAACAUUAAUGCCCCCCAAGACGUUCAUGUGGGAGAACAGUCACAGAAAAACGAUGUCCCUCGUCCUUUCAAAACCCCUCCGAAAUCUGAUGAACAGGACCUGUGGUCAGCUAAGAGCAUAUCCCGUGCCAGCCUGGAUGCAGCUCGGGGAUUGAUAGGGUAUAAUGACCAUGAAUCUCUUCUUUUCUCGGAUCCGGAUUCUUUCCACAUCACAGAAGAAUUAGAUAAUGCAGCUGGGCCUCCUUUUCAAGGAGACGUCUGUACAAAACUGAACGGGGAAAUGAAUGCUGUGAAUAGUGGGGAAGGUGCCCAUGAAAAUUGGCUGAAAGGGUUUGUAGACAAAAAUACUGGCCCAGUGGUUCAGAGUCGCUUAUUAUGUGACUUAAGUCCAGGAAUGCAAGAGGUUUUGGAUAGAUGGCCCAACCCUUCCAUUGGUAAACCAGAACUAGGUCCAGGAAACAAUUUGAGGGUAGUAAUUCCCAGCAAAAGUCAGGAUUCUCACAACAUUUCAGGCCUCUGCUGUGAUCAGCAGGAGUUGUUAUCCUCUUGCAAAGAUUUAAACAGCAAGUGCGUGACUAGAGGUGGGGUAGGUCAGAGUAAAGCCUCUGUGCUAAAUGACAGAGGUGGAAGAUCCGAUACAGAUGGGAACAAGGAACUGCUUUCCCGAAUUAUCCAUAUGGAGCCUGCUUUGCACUGUUUAGAGCAACCCUUUGUGAGGAAUGCCCAACCAGGAAAUACAGAUUCCACAAACCAAGUUCCAUAUCUUCAGUUCCUGCAGAACACGAAGCUUGGUUCACACCCACAAGAAGACAUCAUGCAGGGUGAAGUUCUACUUGAGGAAGACAAUUCGAUUAUCGAUGAAGGUUUUUUAUUGCAGUUAUCCCAAGACAACGUUCCAUCACUAUCAAGCAGCGGCCACAGUUUCACAAUAAUUGAUGUAGCAAAUGCCCAGGCGCUCUUCGAAACAUUCGUUGAAGAAUGGAGAAUGAAAAGGAAAUUUGCUAUUUCCGUGGCUUGCGAAAAAAGGAAAAGCUGCCUUUCUCUCAGAUUGGGCAUUGGUGCAAAAUUCAAACAGGGACAGACUUCCGCACAUCAAGAUGACGGGUUUCCUUUUGAAGGCACUGAAGACCUUUUGGUGGUUGGACUGGCUGUGUGCUGGGGUGGCAAGGAUGCUUAUUACAUCUCGUUGCAAGAGAAGCCACCUGAGCAGGCUGAAAUCCAUGCCAGUUUGGCGCCGCCUCCCCUGGAUCAGAACCUGCCUGUAGCAGAGAGGCUGCAGCAACUUCAGCACUGCCUGCAGGAGUCCAAGAGAGUGUUUUCCCUUGCCACGUACGACUUCAUUCAGCACUACAAGACUCUCUUAAAGGCUUGUGGCAUCUCUUUGGCAGGCUGUUUCGAGGAUCCAAAGGUGGCCUGCUGGCUGCUGGAUCCUGGGUCUAAAGAGCGCUCUCUUCAUAAUCUGGUCACCAGUUUCCUUCCCCAGGAGUUGCCUUUGCUUGAUGGGAUUGGAUCAGGCCAAGGAAGGCAGAGCCUGGGCCUCAGCGCCAGCGCUGGUGGUUCUGGGCGAUACAGGGCAGCUGUAGAGUCCGUGCUUGUUUUCCACGUCAUGGAUCAACUCAACGCUCUGUUGAGCAAAGAUAACUUGCAAGAUAUUUUUCACAAAGUGGAGAUGCCAAAUCAAUACUGCUUGGCUUUGCUGGAGCUCAACGGCAUGGGUUUUAGCAAAGUGGAGUGUGAGACUCAGAAACACGUCAUGCAAGCUAAACUGAAUGAGAUUGAGAAUCGGAUAUACCAGCUGGCAGGCCACCCUUUCUCCUUAACCAGUCCUGAUGACAUUGCUGAGGUAUUGUUUUUGGAGCAGAAAUUGCCACCAGAUGGCGAGCCUAAAGCACAGCGAGGCAAGAAAACGUUAGGCUAUACAAGAAGGGCAACCAGAAAUGGGAAUCGGAUCAGACUGGGCAAGCAGUUCAGCACUACCAAGGAUGCUUUGGAGAAGUUGAAGGCGCUGCAUCCAUUGCCAGGCCUGAUUUUAGAAUGGAGGAAGAUCACCAACGCAAUCACCAAAGUGGUGUUUCCCCUGCAGAGGGAGAAGCGUUUGAAUGCCGUAUUGGGAAUGGAGAGGAUCUAUCCUGUUUCUCAGACUCACAGUGCUACAGGGCGAAUAAGCUUCAGAGAACCAAAUUUACAGAACGUGCCGAAAGACUUUGAGAUUGAAAUGCCAACCUCGGUGGAAGAGAGCCCAGCUUCCCCAGGAAAACGUAAUAGAUCCAGUUUCCUGGGAGGCAGAGGUAAAAAGCGUUGUAUCUUAGCGCAUGAACCUAAGAGUCCAAUUGAAGAAUUGCUGAAGGAGAAAAAAGUUCCAUUUUCUGUUAGCAUGAGGCAUGCCUUUGUUCCAUUUCCAGGUAGUUUAAUUUUGGCUGCCGAUUACUCCCAGCUUGAGUUGCGGAUCCUUGCUCACUUGUGCAGUGAUAGUCGACUCCUCCAGGUCUUGAACAGCGAUGGCGACGUCUUCCGAAGCAUUGCAGCCGAGUGGAAGAUGGUUGACCCAGAGGCUGUUGGGAAUGAUUUACGGCAGCAAGCCAAGCAGAUUUGUUAUGGAAUAAUAUAUGGAAUUGGAGCUAAAUCACUAGGAGAGCAGAUGGGAAUUAAGGAAGCUGAUGCUGCCCGCUACAUCGAGUCCUUCAAAUCAAGAUACCCUGGAAUUCCGAAGUUCUUGAGAGAGACGGUGGAGAAGUGCAACCGGGUCGGAUUUGUGCAGACUAUUGUGGGACGGCGAAGAUACCUGCCAGCGAUUAGGGAUCCAAACCCUUUCAAGAAGGCUCAGGCAGAGAGGCAGGCUGUGAACACUGUUGUCCAGGGUUCUGCAGCGGAUAUCGUCAAAACAGCCACGGUCAAUAUUCAGGCCCAGCUGGAAGCUUUACCUUCGGCAGUAAAAUCUUACGGACAUUUGGAGAGCUCAGUCCAGAAGAAACGGACAGGAAAAUCAGAAUGGGCAGAAAAGCGGCAGAUAUUGCAUCCGAGCCACGGAGGUUUCUUCAUCCUACAGCUCCAUGACGAACUGCUCUAUGAGGUUGCAGAAGACAGCGUGAUUCAGGUGGCACAGAUCAUUAAGCAUGAAAUGGAAAAUGCUGUGAAACUCCUGGUGAAGCUCUCCGUUAAAGUCAAAGUUGGGCCAAGCUGGGGGGGUUUGCAAGAGUUCGAAUUAUGAACACAGACGGAAGCCUGAGCUGCAUUGUGGUCUCCCGACUCAUCUGGGAAACAACUUUGCCUGCCUGCCCAACUGGGUGCUCGUCUGUUUAAUGGCAGCUCUACAGUGGACGUUUCAGAUGUAUCUUGAACUCUAAAUGAAUUUACCCAGGGACAUAAUAAGUCAUGCUGCACAUCUUGGAAGAGUUUUUAAUUCUAAUUAUGACAAACUGCGAAAAGCAAAGCAUUUAAAUAAAUCUUAUUAAAAUAUUAAGAGCCAGCAAUAUUUUAAAGCCUUACAAAUACACUGUUUGUUAAAUUUCAAAAAUAUCACUCUGAGCACUUUAAAAAAAAAACUAUUGCCUUCUUUUUUAGAUGCAGCCUUACUCUGCAUCCUCUCUCUUUUUUGUCACUGUAAAACCCUCAUUUGUGAGAUCGGGCCAGUUCCGAUGCCUGUCUUCUGUAAGUCCCUUCACCAAGCUCACAAUAGCGUGUAUGAUACGUGACAGGCGUAGGCGUAAUGCGCCAAAAUUCCAGAUCCUUCCAUCUUUUUGGUGACAGAAAGUUCCCUGGAAUCAGGUAUACAUACAUACAACUUUUUUUGGUGGUACAACCUCUACACAUCGUAUCCCAUAUGCACAAGAGCUCUAGAAAUGAUUCUGUGAAUUACUACAUUUUAUACAGAACUUAGUGUUGGAGGCCUCCGGUCUAAAGAGUAGAAUAGGUGCUUGUGGUAAACAAUCUAUUUAUUGCAUUGUUGUGCCGGAAGAUUCUUCAAGCAAAGCAAAUAAAUGCAUUUUACAUAAGGGAAAUUCCCAUCUCAUUGUCCAGAUGGCAAAUCCUGCGUGAUAUGUUCUGUGAUUCUGGCUGUGGUGCAGGUUUCCAGCUAGUUUUUAAAAUAAUGAAAUAAGUUAUCUGCUGUAUAAGAUGGAUAUGAAUUUUUCCACAGUAUAAAUAAUAAACACAUUUGUAUAUCA